UCUCACUAAUCUAUGUUUCACAAUAAUAAGUGAGUUUCGGUAGAUACCUACGUUACCUUUGUUGAUAAAUGAAAUUGUGAAAACCAAACCAAUUUGACUGAACAAUAGGAAUUGAUAAAAUAGAAGUAUCUUUAAAUAUUUCAGUGAUUCUAAUUAAAAUGAGCUUCAAUUCAGAUGAACUACAGGCGCCAGAGUGGGUAAAUUCGGAUUUUCUUAAAAAAGUUCUGGAAUAUAAUGGAGACCUGGAAAAUGUUACGAUUGAUGACUACCAAAUCUCUGCAGCUACUGCUCUUGGCGAUCACUUUGCCAGCAUCAUGUUCCGGGUAAAGAUUACGUUCUCAACUCAAGAACAUCCAAGUGAGACACGCUCGAUAAUCAUCAAAACCUCACCAUUUGUUGAAGGAUUUAAAAAGGAUAUUCUAGAUAAAACUAAUAUAGACCAUUUUGCCACAGAAAUUUUCAUGUAUUCAAAAGUCUUAGCCGAAUGCGGGCAAAUUUUGAAGAAAGCCGGCUACAAUGACUUGCUGGCUCCAAAAAUGAUUUACCAGUCAACGCAACCGCACGAAGUAAUAGUUUUUGAAGACUUAAGGGAGCUCGGAUAUUUUAUGUUUCCAAAAACAAUUCCAAAUGAAGCUGAUACCGAACUCAUUUUCUCCAAGUUGGGCCGAUAUCAUGCUUCCGUAUUCAGGCUAGCAUCAGAGGACCACAAGGAUUUCCAUCGAAAAGGAGGCAUUUUCAAUGCGGGUGCCAUAGAAAAUUUAAAUUUCCUUCGGGAAGGAUUUGUUUUCUUUAAGGAACUGGUAGGCACAUUGCCCGGAUUUGAGAUAGCCUCAGAAAAGUUGGAAAAGUUGGAGUUUGAUAAAAUCGUAGAAAAAUGUAAACAAUCUGUCAACUCAUCUGGUUCUUAUGAGCUCCUCAAUCAUGGCGAUUAUCAUAUCAAAAACAUGAUGUUUAAGGGCCAAAACGAGACAGAAGUCUCAGAAGUUGUUCUGGUCGACUUCCAAGUAUCCCACUGGGGUUCACCAGCUUUCGAUCUUGUUUACAUGUCAGCUGUUAUUCCCCCUAGGAUGCGGAUGAGAGCUUAUCAUCAUUAUUUUGAUACAUUCAUUGAUGUGCUGAAGAAAUCUGAUUACAACGGGGUUCUACCUACUUUUGAGCUAUUGCAAAAAGAUUUGAAAUCUUAUCGACAUUUGGAUUUAUUUUUCUUGGCUACAUUAACACCACUGCUUUGUGCGGAUAAAGAUGAAAUUAAUGAGCAAGUGGAAGUCCUGCUACAGAGUUCAAAUCACCUUAAAAAAUUUUAUAAAGCGGCUAAUUAUAUUUCGUAUGUAAAAGAAUUGUUGCCGGUCCUGUUACAGGAAGGCAUUAUCGACGGUCUUAUAGAUUCCAAUUAAAAAGUGUUCCUCUUAUUAUG